AUGGCCGAACGAUGGUCUCGCUCUUGGUCAGCAUCGCCCGCCGGCUGCCGCCUUGGGAAUCAAGGCAAAAGUGACGCGAGGCCUAGAGGGGCGGUGGGUAAUGGGUGGUGGGAGCACGCUGAUGGGAACACGGGGCUUGGCCCGACGGGCAGGUGCCAUACCAGCAAUGGCAUGGUAUGGUCAAGGAUCGACGUGGGCGGAAGUGCUGCGAGCAUGGCCCCGAAGCCCAUGGCGGAGCGGCCUGGGAGGGAGGGAGGUUCCGCCGGCCAGGGGCCCGGUGCUGGGGUUACGGUUCUGCGGCAGCGUUCUGGUCCCGCGCGUGGUUAGAGUCACUGGGGCCGAGCCUUGCUCGUCAGCCAGCACUCUCCGGAUGCGCCGGUGUUGGGAGGUCACUGGUCCCCAUUCGCUCUAGUACGAUAUUACCCUUCUGCUCACGGGUGGGUGCCCGAGUGAUGUGGGCGGCGUUCGCGCCGUGUGGUAGGCCUGCACGUCUUAUUACUUUUCGUCAGCCCUACCAGGCUUUCCC